AUGGAGCAUUCUCUUUUGGAGAUUAUAAUCAAUAAUCAGUCUGGAAGUGGUGAAUCCAUCUUUGCUUCGAUGAAAUUUACUGUCCUACCAAUAGCAAAAGUGUUUACCAUGUGCUUUCUGGGGUUCCUUAUGGCCUCCAAGUAUGUCAACGUUCUUUCUGCAAAUGGCCGGAAGCUUCUCAAUGGGGAAGAAAGCUUACGGGAUAAACCUGGAUAUGAACACUUAACCGAACCGCUGCACAUACUAUUGGAGGCAGAAUUUACACCAGACAUAAUUGAUGCUCGCUUAAACCAAGCUGUUGCCACCCUUGAAGAUCUUCUGAAACAUGACGAGUCAAUGGACUACUACAAGAAGCAACAGUUCAGGGAGUUGGCCAUUCUCAACGGCACAUUGAGCGAAGAUAGCCCACAAAUGAGCCCACAAAUGUUUAGGGAGUUGACCCACAGGAAAUAG